CGACAGGACAACCACCAGAGGAAGAGUGCAUCUUGAUUUGGCCGCGGAGGAACUGGACGUUACCCUCAGCAACAGCUACUGGCUGCUUCACAACGCGUACACACUCCCUCCGCGGGAGAUGAGGAAACUGCAAGACCGUCUGCGCGCUGUGGAAUUCAUCUACGUGAAACUGAACCUUUUCGACGUAGCUAACAUGACGGAUUUUACUACAAUUUUGAACAAUCAUGAAUUAACCUCCAUCCGCAUUAACGUGAGCACCGCUAGUCACUACCUCUUCAAAAAACGCUGGCUGCAGCACACCUCUGGUGGAGACGAGGACGGUAUCAGUACUAGUAAAAGCAUGUGUGAACAUCAACAACACGCAUCCGCAGAAAGCGGAAGUCUCCCGCUCCACGGCGAUCUAAAGGAAAACUUCGACGCGCUGAUGAUGUUGGCAUCGGUGAAAGUGAAGGAGACGUGGCUCUUGCGAGACACGAGCUUGCGAACGAUCAACCCUUAUAAUCUCAAGCGACAUAAU